CGCGGCGGGAAGCACCGCCCCUUCAUCCGUACGUUGAUUGGCCAGUCCGCCUGACAAUCAGCGCACUAGCACUUCCCGCCUCCGUGUGAGUGAGUUGUAGGUUUGACGGGCGGUGACGUCAGAGGCAGAUGGAAAAAGGGGAACCGACGGAAUGGCUGCCCAGUGCCGGAGCCCGCGGUGCACGGCGGAGAGGAAGGGAUUCAGGAGGGAGCUCGACUCUUGGCGGCACCGGCUCAUCCACUGUGUAGGGUUCGAGAGCAUUUUAGAAGGGCUGUAUGGACCAGGAUUACGUAGAGACCUCAGUUUGUUUGAUGACUGUGAACCAGAAGAACUGGUUGACUGGUGUGCGGACAAUAAAUGUUCAUUAUGUAGCAUUCGCAAAGAUUCAGUUGGCGAUUGCACACAAUCCGUUGGGUCAGCACAGUCCACUCCAACAGAAGAACUGAUAUCUCAGGGCCAGUUCAGUGAAGAGACAGUUGAUUGCCAAGCAGAAGAUUACUUAAAUGCACUCUUUCAAAAGAAAGAUCUUCCUCAGAACUGUGAUCCUAACAUUCCACUUGUAGCUCAGGAAUUAUUGAAAAAAAUGAUACGUCAGUUUGCAGUUGAAUAUAUUUCAAAAAGCAGCAAGGAGCGUCAGGAAAACGAUGAAACCGCUAUGGAACGAGCUCCUGCUUGCUGUGACAGUCAGGAAGACCAGGAGGGGCCCCUAGACCUCACUGUUACUCGCUUUCAAGGCCAUCAUUUUCUGGAAGAAGAGGAAGUGUUGGAUCUCUCUAUAAAUAGGAACAACACGCUGGGAAGCCUGAAAAAUAGAAAUUCCAAGACUGCUGUCAUCAAUUUCCAUAACCAACUGAAAUCUGGUAAAGCCACUAAGCCACCCACUGGGGAUACUGUUUUAUGUGACGUGUUAAACUCAUUGUGCCUAUAUCACAAGCAACAGUUGACAUUUCUACUGAGAUUCCUGAAGGAGGAACAAAAAGUAUGCUCAGAAGUUUGCUUCAGCAAAACAAAUUUAUAUCCUGGAUUAAAAAUGUCCAGCAGGAAAGAGAAUUCGCCAGCCGUCUUUUACAGCUUUGCAAAACAGAGACUUACAAGACGCGGCCGGUUAAAAAGAAAAGAACCGUAUCACCACCUUCCCUAUUUAUCUGUUUGUCUAAAAGAUAUUCGUUUAACUUGUCCAGGUUUGGCCUCGGGAACAGUGAAGCUGGAUUCCUUCCAAAAUCAAAAUCUGAGGUUAGAAGUAAGCAAUAGACCUUUAAAUGAUAGCAAUCUGUGUCAAAAAGAACAGCCUUGUAGACCCUCAGAAUAUUUUGGUCAUUGUUCUGGUACCUGGGACAGAACCAGUUUUGAAACUCACUUAACUCCACAAUCACUUCAGUUUGAAGGUGAAAUGCAAGUACAUGAUACACUUUCACAGUGUGCUUUAAAAGAUAACUGUGAUCAACUACCAUCUCUUGUAUGUACAACUGGUGAAUAUAGGAAACGUAAAUUAAACUGCACUGUAAUAUCUAUGAAACAGGGCAAAAUGGCAGUGAAUGACCAAAGCAAAAGUGAUUCUGAUUUACAAAACCUAGAGGAUACAUUUAAUGGCAAAUUCAAGGAAACACGGAUUUGCCCAAAAAUCACAAAUCCCCUAAACCUUUACAACACUGAAAGAAAAAGGAUUAAUGGAGUAAAAUUUGGAAAUCUGAUCAAACAUUUUAUUAACAAUGUUAAAUUAAAGGACAGUAGUUUUGUGGAAAUGUUUAACCUGCAUAAAAACAGCACAGAGACCAAAAUAAUGCAAACAAGGUUUCAGAAACGUCAGGAAAAGUUGUCCUCCCUAAAAUCACCCGGCUUUGCAUUGUCUAGACACCGUUCUUUAGAAAUUAAAAGCGAGAUCAAGAGUCUAAUAGAAACAUUUAGAAAGAGAAUGGCAUCUCAUCAAAAGAAUAAGAAAAAACCAGCAAGACACACAGGUGAAAUCAACAACUAUAUAAAAGGGAACACUUCUUUCAUUUCAGAAUCAGAUUACUCUAUAAACACUCAAGCUGUGACUACAGUACGGGAAUAUGUAACACAUCUACCUCAUACCAAGCGGAGAAUUAUUUUAAAGAAUGAUAUCAGCACAAACAGUUGUAAUAAUGUACCAGACCACUUGCCACAUUCUGCACCACAAAACCAUACAGAUGAGACCAAAGACUAUGAAAGCUGUAUAGAAACACAAGAAAAUGCAUUAAAAAAAUCUAAACCAAGGAAUGCUGCAACUGAAAAUAGUGGUAAUUUAUUUUGUAAAUGCACCUUAAACCAGAUCUCAGGUAUGCUAACAAAUAUCCCUUCCGACUAUAGAAAUAAUAAAACUGCCAAUUUGCCAAAUAAUAAAGCACAUUUGCUUGUUGUAGUAGAACGUCUAAGAGAGUGUGAUCAUUUACAUAAUAUAUUAUUGGGAAAAUCAAAUGCCCACCAGUGCCAAACAAGAAGUACAUUUAAUGCGAAUGCACAACAUGGAUGUGAAUUAUGGAGUGAGAACCCCGACAGACCUGCUUUGCAAAAGUGUUUAUCACUUGUGCCACAAAUCCGAUUGAGAAGAAGCAAAGACGCAACUAUAACAUCUUUUAAAAAUAAGGAUAUUCUAAAUUCAAACUCUUUGUCGGAUUUAGCCAAAAAUAAACAAGGCAGAACUGGGGCAACUAAAGUGCAUCCUUUGACUGGGUUUUCCAGUCCAGUUAAAGUUAUGUUUGUCUCAAAAGUUAAUAGAAAUGAUGGAAUACACUAUACAUUAAGCCCCGAAAACCAACCUUAUAAUAAAAAUGUUAUGGGGAGCCCUGUGUCAUCCAGAGGAGAUAUGAUGAAAACAAAUUCUGCUGCAAGUAUCUUUUCCCAAGACUAUAAUAAAACUAGACUGGCAGACAGACCUAUGCAACACACAUCUUCAGAUAAAAUGCAUUCUAAAGAGGAGUGGUUUGUAAAGAGAAACCCAGAAGGGCCUAAUACAAUUGGUUCUCAUUCUUUAAAGUUGGUCAGAAGAACCUCAGAGAGGCAUACAAACUUACAAAUGAAUUUAUCUAAACACUUUGGUAAACUGAGCAAAUAUAAAACUGGCAAUGGAUUGCUUGGGUUUAACACCAAGAAAUCAAGGAUUGCAAGACGUAGUAUCAGGAUUGCACAACGUAUCCUUCUUAUGUCUCAUAAAGUUUCAGCAACCCAAAGAGGUGACUGUAAUAAGCCUCUAUCCGAUGGCUACAUGAACAUUUCAGAACCAAAGCAAAAUUUCAGCAGUCAGUCUAAAGUGAAGACUGCAGAAGAAACUUGCAGUGAUCCAUCUCUGCCAAGAAAUUAUAAAACAAAUAAGUCGGCGCCCUCAGUUGGUAACAAGUUAAUCAUUGCAAAAAAAGACAAGAAGUGGCAGUGCAGGCAAUCUAGUCAGAAACCAAUCAAACCAAAAAGGAAAAGAAAUGUCAGAUCAUCACUCUUUAGAACAUACCAGCUGUGCCAGCGACAUGCAAAACUGAAAAAGCCUGUGCUGCAUUCACUUGCAUCUUUGACUUCAUUUUCAUUUAGAAGUGCCUUAUAUCAUCAUUCUAAUAGGAUAUUGUCUACCAGAUAUAAAGCUCACAGACGAAAGUUAAAAAACAAAAAUAAACCUUACAACCUACAGUAUAACUUGGGCUCUAUAACCAGCACACGUCUCAAUAGUAAAAAUUCUGUGAAAAACUAUACUGGGUUCAUUUUGGAGGGUGCUUCAGAUAUUCAGUCAAACGGUCUCCUUAACUGGUGGUCUACAUCCGCUUCAAAUGAAUCCUUAUUGAAAGCAUUAGAUAAUAGGUAUGAAAACAUGGCCAGCACAUGGGUACAUGAGAACAACCGAGAAGAAAGGAGGAAAAUGGAAAUCUCUGGAGGUACACUUCAGAAACCUUCUCCUAUUCAGAUGCUGUUCCAGAAAAAGAUUGACUUAAAUCACAUAUCAGCAUGGUUUAUGCAAACAACAGAAACUCAGUCCCUUUCAAUAACCAGAAAUCCAAAUGCUUGCAAUUCUUCAAAGAAUAAACAAAAGGGGAAAAAAUUUAAACUGUCUAAAGUGCAUGAAAACAAAGAAACCAGGAAGUGUGCACACUUGGCAGUUUCAGAUACGAGUAAGGAAAAACAACACAUUGACAACUUAUGCCAAACAGAACAUUUUUGUACAAGAAAUAUAAAAUAUGUAAAACAUGGAGUGUUACAACAAAAAGACUCCAGUCAUGGAAAAAAGAAAUUAAGUGGAGGUGACAAAUGUCAUAAUAUAUGGUUAACCAAGCUUGAUGCUUCAUCAAGAAAACUAAACUUAGUGGACACUGUGCUUCAUGGUAACAUUCCUCUGUUAGAGACCUUGCUAGGUGCUAAUUCCAAAGGCAAGAAAUCUGAUAACUUACUGAAAAACAAUCAAACAAAGAAAAUGAAAACUUACAAAAGUCUGACAAUAAAGGACAUUAGAAUCUGUCUAAAAAGACUUUCAAAUGAAGUACCAAAUAAAAAUGUUUCUUUGGAACUGGUACAAUUUACUAAUGCCAGUGAAGUCAACAAACGAACUUUAAGGUCCAAUUCAUGUCUAAAAUCAAACAUCCAAAGUUUACAAAUGAAUCGUGUUCAAGCAAAAUCCUUAAAUACAACACCCGAAGGAAUACAAUUCCCUAAAAAACAGGUCUGCUUAAGAAAUUCACGAAGAGAAGCUCAACCUAGUCCUCUCUUUGCUCCCCUUUCUAAACGAAAAAGAUCCAAACAAGCCUUUGUACAUAUGGAAAAUGGUAUCAAGAAACUUAAAACACAAUAUUCUGUUCAUGAACAAAAUGAUUAUUCAAAUAUCCAGUUAGUGCCUCUUAAACCAGUUGGAUUAAAGUCAUUUCGGGGACUGUCAAGUAAAGAUGGCUCCUUCUCGCUCACCCCAAUUCGGAUCCCAUUUCAUGGAAGCAGAAAGUGAUGCAACGUUUCCUGAUGCUGAAUACUCACGGUGCCUUUACUCCUGGAGCAACCAUCCUAUUUUCCUACAAAAGAGCCCCAAGUUGCACUAUUUACAUUUUUUCCUGGAGGUUUUUUUGUUUUGUUUUUUGUAUUGUAUAUGGCAAUAAGCAUAUGUUCUGUCUGUAAGCUUGCCGUUCCUUAAAUCUUCUCAAAAUUUACACUGUACAUUCUGAUAUGCAAAAAAUGGUGCUCAUUUUAUUGUAGCUACAACCAUCCCUUGGAGCAGUAAAACUCAUAUAUUGUCCUUAAAAUAAAUUAGGGGCAGAUUUAUCAAGGGUUGAAUUUCAAGUUCAUGGGAGCUAUUUAAAACUCCCAUGAACUCGAAAUUUGACCUAUUGCAAAGUAUUAACAAAAAAAACCAAAAAAACACAUUUUUGAAACUCUGGUGAAUAGGAUCGACGCACAAAUUCAAUUCUCAGACAAAACCUUGAAUGUCAGGAAGGCUGGAAACAACUCCAAACUGAUCCCAGGACGUCUUCCAUAGGCUCCUUCCAACAGCAACUCGGCAGGUUUAAGGUGUCGAAUUC